GUCCCAGUCUGUCGGUGCCUGCCCAUGGUCCCCGCCGCCCCGAGCAUGCUGCGGCUGACCUGCGUGCUACUGCUGCUUCUCGGCCGCGCCGACCCGGCGGCAGUGGACUAUGGUCUGGAAAUAACUAACAAUGGCCCCAUCACAUCAGGAGCUCAAGCUACCAUUCACGCCAGUCUAAGUACGAAGAAUGACAGCGACACGUCGCAUUUGUUUCACUUCAACUGGAUUUAUGCUCCUCUGAUUCUGAUAGAGAAAUCUGAGCAGCGUUUUAGCUCUGUAAUUAAUGUGACCAGUGAAUUUCCUGGGAUUUAUCCUGUAUCUGUCUGGGUCACUCAUAAAAACUGUUGGUUAUGCCGGCCAAUUGCUAGAAAUGUCACCAUGCUUGAGAUUACAGAAUAUAUCACAGGGAAUCUUACCAUUGCCCAGAUAGAAGACAGCAGAAUUACCACACGUGGUUCUAGUUCCAGCAUGGGCUCCAUGACUCGAAUUUCCUUCUGUCUUCACGACCCAAGUAAUUACUUCAAGUCAGCAUCAUUUGUCUACAGCUGGGACUUUGGAGAUGGAGUUUAUCAGAUUACCAAGGAACCCUUUGUCUACUAUAACUGCUCUACCCCGGGGAAUGGCACAGUGCACCUGAAAGUCAUAGCCGAAUGGGAGCAAGUUGGGAGCAUCGUACACGAAAGAGAAACAGUGCAGAAAACUGGGGAUUUUACCACUGCUCUGGAGCUGUUAGAUGCUGUUAAAAGUAUUGAUGUAGUGGGCUCCAGAGAGACUCAUGUAAUGGAAAAUUUGAGUUUAUCUCUUCAUAUCAAUGGCACCCCGCCACUGGCAUUAUGCUGGCUCAUAAAGUCUGAGUGCAUUCCACUUGAAGGUGAGAAAUGCCAUCUGGUGGUGAUUAACGGCUCCUGCUACAAUCUCAGCCAUACCUUCAGUGAUGCUGGACAGUACUGCCUCAGCGUCCGAGUGGAGAAGGGUGUGAUGAUGCUGCAGACCUACCAUGAAAUAGAAGUGCGGCCAACAGGAAUCCACCCAACUUUCUUUGUCCUGCUCUGCAUCACUCUGGCUUCAGGGAUGCUAGGACUGGUGCUCUACACAACCUUUCGAAGUAACACACCACAAAAAGAUCUUGUGGAGGUAGCUGACUUUGACUUCUCUCCACUGUCUGACAAAGACAUGUCUUCUCAUUUGGGGUCAGGCUGUGGCCAGAUAUGUUGCAGAUCAUGUUUUCUUCACUCAUCUCAAGAAGCUGCCAGGGAGAGCCAUGAACUUCUAUAUUCUUUUUACAAGCCACUCAAAACAUACACAGUGUGAAGAGCACAACUACACUUUGGUUGCACUAACUGCCAAGUUUUACUUUCUCACUUAUGAUGAGGUAAAAGCCCAGUGCUGCAUGAACGGUUUGGGUUUAUAAUGCAAUGAGGUUAACCACUUGAAGUCUAGCACUUGAGCAUUUGCUGAACUAAAAAAUAGCAAGGCCUGAAAAGCAGUAAAAGUAGCUUUGUAAUUUUAAAUUUAUAUGGGUGGAUACACUUACAGCUGUAAAUGCAGCAUUUUAUUCUUAUGAAAGCCUGUUUUAUGUGCGGGUUUGCUAAACUCACUACCUCCUGUGAUUUCUCUGUUCCUUCUGCUGUCUGUUUCAAAGAAGAAAAUGCUUAAGACAAAUGUACCUCCUUUUCC